CAAAAAAGCGAUAUGGAAACGACCUUACCAGAGUAAGGCCGCGGCGCCCUUAUUAACAUAGGUAACCAACUUUAUAUUAGGAGCCUAUGAUUUGGCUCGCCAGUUCACUGUUUACUGUUUAACAUAUCACACACCUGACACCAUGAAGGCUUACAUAUUAUUAACGCUGCUCGUCGUGCAAAUUACAACGGCGACGCUCACCAUAGACAAAAUCACAGAAAAAGUUCACGCUGGCCUCAAAAUCUUAAAAGAUAAAGCGGUACACAAGCUCCACAGGCUGAAGCACGAAUUCGACGUGAAGAAACUGCAUCAGCUGGACGUCCUGCAUCUGCGGCCUUACGCUCCCAAACAUUUUGUCCACGAGCACUACUCGAAGAAAACUCCUUUAGUGAUCGAUCAUCACCAGAUUGAAAGGUUGAAGCAUCAUUUCGAGCCCCAUCACAAACCUGUUCACUUCCAUCACAUAGAACCCAUUAAGCCCCUUCCCCAUUUUGAACACCAUAAGCCAGUACAUUUUCAACAUUAUCAGCAUUUUGAACAUUUAAAAGUAUAAUUUCCAGACGUCUGUUUCCUUUAGAAUAUAAGAACUUCAUAAAGAACACCGUCUAUGUGGUGGUGGUGUUAAUAUUCUAAUAAGAAGUUUUGUAUAAUGUGAAGGAACUUUUACGGCUCGUGGGAUUUAUAUCUGCGAUAUCAAAUUGGUGUGCCCAAUCGGCGGUUAUUGUGUUAUUUUUUGUUUUUAUGCUAUACUGCCUUAUUUAUCGCUAAUUCGGUGUGAACG